CGAGCCGCACGGGGAAUCAUGACUUCUGCUGCGGAGAUUAAAAAGCCACCAGUGGCCCCCAAGCCAAAGUUUGUUGUGGCAAAUAAUAAGCCAGCUCCUCCUCCUGUUGCACCUAAACCUGACAUUGUGAUUUCUAGUGUUCCGCAGUCAACAAAGAAAGCCAAACCGGCUAUCGCUCCGAAACCAAAAGUUCUGAAGAGUUCUGUUCGAGACGUUGGGCAGUCACCAUCAAGGAAAAUUACUUCAAACCUGGAAGAGCAUAAACAAGAAUUACCUGAAAACACUGACAACUUUAAUUGCAAAAAUAUAGGAGAUCAGAAUAGCGAUUGUACUUUACCAACGUGUUCCUGUGGUUCUGAGUGUAUCCAUAAGCUUGGAAAUAGAGAGAAUUUGUAUGUAAAGCAGCUUGUUUUAGAGCCCCUGGAAAUGAAUGAAAAUUUAGUAAAUAAUAAAAUUGAUGAGUCUUUGACUAUAAAAACUAUGAGUAAAUAUGAUUCUCAUGGUGAAAAGGUCAAGAACCAGACUAAAGUAGUUUUAAAGGCAAGCAUCCUAGAAGAGAAGCUCAAAGAUGUCUUAACACACCGAACGUCACCUUUUAUUUCCUCAAAGAAGCACAGGUCUGCAGACAACCCAGAAAUGAAUGGUGGCUGUAAUUCAAACAGACAGUUCAGAAUUCAAUUUGCAGAUUUGUCACCUUCCCUGUCCAGCUUUGAAAAUGUUCGUGAUCAUCACAGUUGCCACUUACAGCUUCCUAGUGAUGAAUUUCAAAAUUUUGAAAUUUGUCAGGGUAGCAGUGAAAAAAGCAAUAAUUACUUUCAUUCAUCCAAACUAGAAGCUCUAGAAAAUAGUAAAAGAGGUACUUUUAUGUCUUCAGAUGAAGUUAGUGGAAAAUCAGAAGUCAAAGACCUUGGCCCCUUAGAAAUUCACUUAGUACCAUAUACCCCCAAAUUUCCAACUCCCAAGCCCAGAAAGACACGCACUGCUCGUCUGUUACGCCAAAAGUAUAUAGAUAAUCCUAGUGAAAGUACUGAAGACCCAGAAAAUUCAAACAGUAGCUCUUCUUGUCUUAUCGAAGAUAGUUUGAAAAACAAUGAAAUCAGUGUUCUUCAUCAAAAUGUCUUGUGUAACCAAGAACAGGUGGACAAAAUGAAUCCAGGAAAUAAAAGUGAAUUAAAUAUGGAUUCCAACAGUGACAGACAGGACUUAGUCAGUUCACACAAAGCCCUGGGUCAUGAAACAUCUUCCUUUGAAAAAAUGACUCCCUCGUUAGAUACAGACUCUAAUUUGAUUUCUGACAGCACUACAAUUGAUGGUUCUACUAUGUCACUUGCUCCGGACAAAGGGACCAGUUUUAUAAGAUGCAGUACUCUAUCUAUGAGCCUGCCUAAGCAGCUCAAAUUAACUUGCAAUGAACAUUUGCCUACUGCCUGUAACCUGGGGGUUUCUGCUCCUCAAAUGCAAAAGGAAUCUGUAAUAAAAGAGGAAAGUUCCUCAAGAAUUGUCCCUAAAAAACCUCAAAGACACAGCUUGCCUGCUGCAGGAGUGCUUAAAAAGGCCGCAUCUGAGGAGCUUGUGGAGAAAAGUUCUUAUCCCUCAAAUGAAGAAAGAAAUUCAGAGAAAGGUCUAGAAAGAAAUCAUCUUCAGCAUUUGUGUGCCCAGAACCAUGGUGUGUCAUCCUUCUUUGAUAUGCCUAAACAGACUUCAGAAAAGCCAGUGUGGAAGUUACCUCAUCCUAUUUUACCCUUUUCAGGGAAUCCAGAAUCCUUGAAGUCUAUCACCAUAUCCUCAAAUAGUGAGCCUUCACCUGCCCUAACCAAGCCUAGAGCAAAAUCAUUAUCUGCUGUGGAUAUGGAAAGGUGCACUAAACCUUGCAAGGACUCUACAAAGAAAAACUCUUUUAAAAAGUUGCUCAACAUGAAACUGUCCAUCUGUUUCAUGAAGAGUGACUUUCAGAAAUUUUGGUCCAGGAGUAGCCAACUUGGAGACACAACCGCAGGCAACCUCUCCCGUAGGGAACAGAAGGGGAUUGAAGGUGAUUGGCAUGGCUUGUUGGUAGGAGAAGGGAAGAGAAGUAAACCUAUCAAGGCAUAUUCUGCAGAUAACUCCAGCCUGGAAUCUCAAAAAAAGAGAAAGAAGUCUCGGGCCCAGGCCAGUGCGGCUAAUGGUCUGAGAACUGAGUCUUUGGAUGACCAAAUGCUCUCUAGGGAGUUGUCACCUCCGGCACCUUGCAAGUCUGUUACAAGCCUCUGUGCCCCAGAGUAUGAAAAUAUACGCCAUUAUGAGGAAAUACCAGAGUAUGAGAACUUGCCAUUUAUUAUGGCCGGAGGGAAAACUCCGGAGUUGGAAUGGCACAAUUCCAGCAGCCUAGAGGACACUGAUGCAAAUGUGUAUGAGGUAGAAGAGCCAUAUGAAGCUCCAGAUGGCCAGCUGCCACUUGGACCCAGACAUCAGCAUUCCAGUUCUGGAGCGUCCCAGGAGGAACAGAAUGAUCUCGAUAUUGGUCUUGGUGACCUUCCCUCUGAUGAGGAGGAAGUCAUCAACAGUUCUGAUGAAGACGAUAUCAGCUCUGAGUCCAGUAAAGGAGAGCCUGACCCACUGGAAGAUAAACAGGUGGAUGUGUUAAAACUUUUGCAUAUUGACUUCCGGGAUGCGGUAGCCCAUGCUUCCAGGCAACUUGGGAAACCAGUGAUUGAGGACCGGAUUCUAAAUCAGAUCCUGUACUACUUGCCUCAGCUCUAUGAGCUCAACCGGGAUCUCCUGAAGGAACUGGAGGAAAGAAUGUUGAACUGGACUGAACAACAGAGAAUUGCUGAUAUCUUUGUAAAGAAGGGACCCUAUCUGAAAAUGUAUUCUACAUACAUCAAAGAAUUUGAUAAGAAUAUAGCUUUGCUGGAUGAACAGUGCAAGAAAAACCCAGGCUUCGCUGCCGUCGUUAGAGAAUUUGAGAUGAGCCCACGCUGUGCUCACCUGGCCCUCAAGCACUACCUCCUCAAGCCGGUUCAGCGGAUCCCCCAGUACAAGCUGCUGCUGACAGAUUAUUUGAAGAAUCUCAAAGAAGAUGCUGAUGCCCUUGCUGUUGUCAUAGAGGUAGCCAACCAUGCCAAUGACACCAUGAAGCAAGGAGACAACUUUCAGAAACUUAUGCAAAUUCAGUACAGCUUAAGUGGACACCAUGAAAUAGUGCAGCCUGGACGGGUUUUUCUCAAAGAAGGAACUCUGAUGAAGCUAUCUCGGAAAGUGAUGCAGCCCCGAAUGUUUUUCCUGUUUAAUGAUGCCUUGCUGUAUACAACCCCAGUGCAGUCUGGGAUGUAUAAACUGAACAACAUGCUCUCAUUGGCUGGAAUGAAGGUUAGAAAACCCACCCAAGAAGCAUAUCAGAAUGAAUUAAAGAUUGAAAGUGUAGAGCGUUCCUUCAUUCUCUCAGCCAGUUCUGCCACAGAAAGAGAUGAAUGGCUAGAAGCGAUUUCCAGAUCAAUAGAAGACUAUGCCCGGAAAAGAAUCACCUUCUGUCCUAGUAGGAGUCUUGAAGAGGCAGACUCAGAAAAUAAAGAGGAAGUUAGUCCUCUUGGGUCAAAGGCUCCCAUCUGGAUUCCUGAUACCAGAGCCACAAUGUGUAUGAUCUGCACAAGUGAAUUUACUCUGACCUGGAGACGACACCACUGCCGAGCCUGUGGAAAGAUUGUAUGCCAAGCUUGUUCAUCAAAUAAGUAUGGCUUAGAUUACCUGAAAAAUCAACCAGCAAGAGUAUGUGAACAUUGUUUCGAAGAACUGCAAAAAUUAGAUCACCAGCACUCCCCUAAGAUUGGAUCUCCUGGAAAUCACAAAUCUCCUUCGAGUGCCUUAUCUUCAGUCUUACAUAGUAUUCCAUCAGGGAGGAAACAGAAAAAAAUCCCAGCUGCUCUCAAAGAAGUAAGUGUUCCCAUUAAACUUGCAAUAUGA